GUCGUGGCUGGAGGCGCGGCAGUAGCUUAGGGUCUUGUGAGGACUGCUAGGCUGAUCUGUAGGCUCUCGGCUAGGUCGUCUCUUCGUUCGGGCCGGGCAAUGGCGACGUACACCUGCAUCACCUGCCGGGUGGCGUUUCGCGACGCGGAGAUGCAGCGGGCGCACUACAAGGCCGACUGGCACCGCUACAAUCUGCGGCGCAAGGUAGCCAACAUGGCCCCGGUGUCGGCCGAAGGCUUCCAGGAGCGGGUGCUGGCUCAGCGGGCGGUGGCGGAGGAGGAGAGCAAGGGCACGGCCACCUACUGCACCGUGUGCAGUAAGAAGUUCGCCACUUUCAACGCCUACGACAACCACCUCAAGUCGCGGCGGCAUGUGGAGCUGGAGAAGAAGGCGGUGCAGGCGGUGAACCGGCAGGUGGAGAUGAUGAACGAGAAGAACUUGGAGAAGGGACUGGGCGUGGACGGUGUGGACAAGGAUGCCAUGAACGCCGCCAUCCAGCAGGCUAUCAAGGCCCAGCCGUCUAUGUCUCCCAAGAAAGCGCCCUUCGUGCCCCCGGAAGAAUCCUCGAGGGCGGAGGGCUCCAGACGGGCCACUCAGGAACGAGACCCCGCGGAGAAGCCGCCCCGGCUCCAGUGGUUCGAACAGCAGGCGAAGAAGCUGGCCAAGCAGCAGGGGGAGGAAAGUGAGGAAGAGGAAGACGAGGAGGAAGAGGAUGAAGAUUGGGAAGAUAUUGAUUCAGACGAUGGCUUGGAAUGUGAGAACCCUGGAGUGGACGUUCAGGAUGCACAAGAUGAAGAAGAGGCUGGGGAGAGCCCACCCCUAGGUGCCAUCCCAAUCACAGACUGCUUAUUUUGUUCUCAUCAUUCAAGCUCCCUCGUGAAGAAUGUGGCUCACAUGACUAAAGUCCACAGCUUCUUUAUUCCUGAUAUAGAGUAUCUUUCAGAUUUGAAAGGACUGAUUAACUAUUUGGGAGAGAAAGUCGGUGUUGGCAAGAUUUGCUUGUGGUGCAAUGAGAAAGGGAAGUCAUUCUACUCCACAGAAGCUGUCCAGGCACAUAUGAAUGACAAGAGCCACUGCAAGCUCUUCACAGAUGGGGACGCUGCUUUGGAGUUUGCAGACUUCUAUGACUUUAGGAGUAGCUACCCUGAUUACAAGGAGGGGCAGGACCCUCGUGAGCUUGACGAGCUGUCAUCUGAAAAGAUCUUGGAAUGUGAUGAUGAAACCAUGGAGCUGAUACUCCCUUCUGGUGCCAGAGUGGGUCAUCGCUCCUUGAUGAGAUACUACAAACAACGAUUUGGCUUGCCAAGAGCUGUGACAGUUGCUAGAAAUCAGAAGGCUGUGGGCAGGGUACUCCAGCAGUACCGAGCCCUGGGGUGGACGGGCAGCACAGGCGCAGCUCUCAUGCGUGAACGGGACAUGCAGUAUGUCCAAAGGAUGAAAUCGAAAUGGAUGCUGAAGACGGGAAUGAAGAACAAUGCCACCAAGCAGAUGCACUUCAGGGCCCAAGUGAGAUUCUGAGAGGCUGAGACUGAGAGAUGACUCCCCCACUGCACUUCCCUCCUUGUCUGAGGACCAGGGAAGCCAGAUUGCAGAAUGGAUCUUUUGCUGCUACUUUAUUUGUUCUGAUCUAAUAAAGUCAGAAUCAUGUUAGUCUUCAGAUGUCAUUUUUGAGCAGUGUUUAAAGCUUUUAAGUGAUGACGUGUUUGUUGGGCUCCAGGACCUGCAUUACUGCCUGACAGUUGCUUUAUUGCCUCAGCUUUCAAAUGCUUUCUGGCUGUCAGCAUAAUGUGGGAAGCAUAAAUGAUUUGUCUACUCCAAAAUUAGUUUAAAUGUUGGAAUAACUCAUCACAUCAUGUCAGAGAGACCUAAGUUGGGGACUUUGAGGCUUACAUAGGAGAAA